CCCAACCAAUAUAGUCGUAGGGCUCAUCUGGUAAAAUCAGAGGAGGCCUGGCCUCCUGACAGAGAUGUUUGAGUUUGACCACUACGACUUCCCUUUGCAGAUGGGAAAACUGAGGCCCAAAGAGGAUUUGCCCAGGGUCCCAAAUCUCCUUACCCCGGUCCACUUCCCUUCCCUCUUAAUCACGGUGACUCUACAUCCGGAAUGAUUGGUAAAAUGUGUCCUGCACGAAGACGUUAGGACAGAAUAUUUAAAUUCAAGACUUCCCCGCUAAUCUGACUUAGUUAUGCCAGUUUGCUAACUCAAUCCUGGGAUAAAAGACAGAAUGCACUGUUGCUCCCUGAAUUCAUGACUUUAACCUCUGAGUAAAGGCCAUUCCAGCACUAUCUAGCAACAUACAUUCAGUAAAUAUAUAUUGAGCUCCAACUCAGUUCUAGGAUUUGAGGAGACUAGGAAGCAAGAUAGAAACAGCCCCAGCCUUCCAGGAGCAUAAUAUGAAACAAAAGGUUCAGACAAAUAAACUCACUGUAAAACAAUGCAAAACAAAACACCCCAAGGUGAUAAGGUCAGGCUGCAGAUAGACUGUCGGCCACUGCCAGCUUGAGUUAGGAACGUGAACCAUGUAACUCUUCACUCACUCCUCCCAGAAGGUCAAGAGGAAUAUUCAAGAGACCCUUCCCCCCUGACCCAUGCUAUUGGAGGCAACUCAAGAAAGGAGUAGAUGGCUGCAAAACCGAGCGACUUUAGGAGGACACUCAAAAAUGAAGGGGGCACUCAGCCCAGGAAAGGCUGCUGGAUGCCUGGGGGAUGGGAUGUUUCAAGGGGCUUUAAGAAGAGCAUGAAGCAGCUGGUGAGCUGGAAUAAAGAUGCGGCAUAAGAGAACGGAACAGAAAGGGUAGACAGUGCAGAUAAAACACGAAUCCCAGAGGGCCCUAGCCAGCUGCAUCCCAGGCAAUCAGGAGCCUGGGACUGGAGACCCCACCCCUGCCGUGACAUCACAGGGGAGUGGGGUGGAGACGAACUAAAAGGGGGUCCCCCCCUCCCUGGCCUUGGACUCUUGGCAGCCCAGAGUAUCAAGAGCAGAGAGAGCCUGGGCACUGAGCUAGGGUUGCCUGACUUAAAGGAACAGGCUCCCCACCCGUUCCUCAAGCCCCCCCCCCCCAAGCUGUCCCCUCCAGGCUUUGAUCUCUGUCUCCCUGUCCUGAGGACCUCUCCCUCCUGAGGCCACCAUUGGGUCCCUUCUCAGUGGCCCCUGAGUGCUCUCUCAGCAUGAACUGCGUGUCUGAUUUCUUCACCUACGAGACCACCAAGUCAGUGGUUGUGAAAAGCUGGACCAUUGGGGUCAUCAACCGAGCAGUCCAGCUUUUGAUCAUCUCCUACUUCGUGGGGUGGGUGUUCUUACACGAGAAGGCUUACCAGGUGCGGGACACAGCCAUUGAGUCCUCCGUCGUAACCAAGGUCAAGGGCUUUGGACGCUAUGCCAACAGAGUCAUGGACGUGUCUGAUUAUGUGACCCCACCCCAGGGUACCUCUGUCUUUGUCAUCAUCACCAAGAUGAUAGUUACUGAAAACCAGAUGCAAGGAUUCUGCCCAGAGAGCGAGGAGAAGUACCGCUGUGUAUCAGACAGCCAGUGUGGGCCUGAGCGCUUCCCGAGUGGGGGGAUCCUCACCGGCCGCUGCGUGAACUAUAGCUCUGUGCUCCGGACCUGUGAGAUCCAGGGCUGGUGCCCCACCGAGGUGGACACAGCGGAAAUGCCUGUCAUGAUGGAAGCCGAGAACUUCACUAUUUUCAUCAAGAACAGCAUCCGUUUCCCCCUCUUCAACUUUGAGAAGGGAAACCUCCUUCCCAACCUCACAGCCGCCGACAUGAAGACGUGCCGUUUCCACCCUGAAAAGGCCCCCUUCUGCCCCAUCUUGCGGGUGGGGGACGUGGUCAAGUUUGCAGGGCAGGAUUUUGCCAAACUGGCCAGCACGGGCGGAGUCCUCGGCAUUAAGAUCGGCUGGGUGUGUGACCUCGACAGGGCCUGGGACCAGUGCAUCCCCAAAUACUCCUUCACCAGGCUCGACAGCGUUUCCGAGAAGAGCAGUGUCUCCCCAGGCUACAACUUCAGGUUCGCCAAGUACUACAAGCUGGAGAAUGGCAGCGAAUACCGCACACUCCUGAAGGCUUUUGGCAUCCGCUUUGACGUGCUGGUGUACGGGAAUGCUGGCAAGUUCAACAUCAUCCCCACCAUCAUCAGCUCUGUGGCAGCCUUCACCUCCGUGGGAGUGGGGACUGUCCUCUGUGACAUCAUCCUGCUGAACUUCCUCAAGGGGGCCGACCAGUACAAAGCCAAGAAGUUUGAGGAGGUGGACGAGACGACGCUGAAGGUCACCGCCUUGGCCAACACAGUGUACCCCAGCGACCAGACCACCGAGGAGAAGCGGUCCACAGAUUCGGGGGCCUACUCCAUCGGCCACUAGGGCCCCUUCCCGGGGCUCCAUCUGCUCACCCUUGGGCUCCAGGCCUCCCACUAGGGCACCCACCUAGGCAAGGGGGGGAGGCAGAGAGGGGGGCCUUCGUUUCUACUGUUCACCCCAGGAAGCCACACUGGACCCAGGUGUCUGGGCCUCGCAGCGCUCUGGCAGACAGGUAGCCCUCCCUGCUAAGACCUCACUCUCCCCUUCACCCCUUGCCUCGCCCUUGUCUGCUUCCCUGGACCCCUAGGGCAGUAGCACCUGAGCUGCCCCUCUUCCCAAGAGUAGAGAGAACAACAGUGAUAACGAGUGGCCACAAGGCACUACUAAGUGCCUGCCAGUGUCACGCACAUUAUCUCAUUUAACCUGUAGAAUAAUCCUAUGAGGUAGAUAUUAGUUUCCCUGUUUCGAAGAUAAACUGAGGCUCAGAAAGACUGAGUCAUUUGCCCAAGGCCACACAGCCAGGAAGCAUGAGAGCUGGGAUUUAAACCCACAUCUAACCCCAUCACCCACAACCCCACAAGGGAAGCGUGAACUCCCCGGGGGCAUCUGUCCCCUCCCCGCCCCCCCCCCCCCCAAGCUGCUUCAGCCUUCCCCACAGCUACCAGGGUCAGGUUCAGCUUAAUAAAGAGUAAGCCCCAUGCUUUCAACAGGAACUCGGGACCCAUUUUAGGGGAGAUCAGUUAGA